UUUCUGUGUUAAACGCAGUAUGUUCGUUAUCCUUUACCUGUGAUAUGCUAUAUAUAUGGACAUGUUUAUUAAUUAACAAGCACACUUUUACAAUGACCGUCAACUUUCUUUAUCGUUAAGGUAUUUGUCCGGAGUUUCGCUUAACUAAAAGGUAAAUGCGUUCUCAUUUUUUAUCGAUUUUUGUCUGUUCUUCAAAGGAUAUAUUUUCAACUUUGCAUAUUUUAGAACUGAAAACUCAACACUAGAAACAAGUGGAAAAAUGAGAAAUUCAUCAAUGUCUGAUGGAACUCAAACUGGUGACACUUUAAGUCACAGAGAGCGUAUUCGAUCCAUAUCUAGAUUAGUUCUAGAUCUGAUCACUAAAAAUGAUGAAAAGACACCAGUUGUUUUUUGUCAGUUGGAUGUAUUGACAAAGACGGACGAGGAGGUAACGUGGAUGGAAUCUGCAAGAUGGGUUAAGUAUGAAGAGGAUGUUGAAGAGAAUGGGAAACGUUGGUCAAAACCACACGUCUCCUCUGUAACAUUACACUAUCUUCUUGAGUUAAAGACACAGAUGUCAACAGGAGCAAUAAUACUUGAGGCUCAUGUUAGAAGUAUGCCUGAAUUAGCUGAACUGAUCACUGAAGAGCUAGCAAAAAUAAGAACCAUGACGAAAAACACUAAAAAUUCAAUAAGAUCCACAUUGUUAACACGCCACGAGCAUGAGCAGAAACGUAAACACAGAGCUACGAAGAUGAAAUCAAGCAUAAUAACACAUUGCAAGAUGCCUAAAACCAUCAGUGAUACAGAAUUCGCUAGAAUAAGAGCUCAACAUGAAGAUGACUUACUUAGUGAUAAGCAAGAGACGUCUCCCUUGGUGAAAUUUAAUACACCGUUUAUGAAAAAGAUUCCUGAAGGAGCAGAAGUUGCUAAUGUCUGGGUUGGUGAAUUGGAUGAUUUGAAAAAACCAGUCACAGCAUUCAUUCGAUUGAUUGAACCCAGAUUUAUUGGUGACUUAUCACAAGUGGCUUUACCUACCAGGUUCAUUUUCCUUCAUCUUACUCCGAAAUCUGAACCAAACUAUGCAUUUGAAAUAGGAAGAGCAAUUUCCAAUAUGAUGGUCGACGAGAUAUUCAGUGAAGUUGCAUACAAAGCAAAAUCACGGGAUGACAUUAUGCAUGGAUUCGACGAAUUUUUAGACCAGCUAACAGUACUUCCACCAGGCCAAUGGGACCCUGAUGUACGCUUAGACCCACCAACCACAGCACCUUCUCAGGAAAGACGAAAUUUUUUCUCGACCAAAUCCAAGUCUGAAGAAAAGGAUCAUGAACAAAAUGACGAUACACUUGUUCGGACCGGAAGAUUGUUUGGAGGUCUUAUAAAAGAUGUUAAACGAAAAAUUCCUUUUUACAUCAGCGACUUUAAGGAUGGUUUACACAUACAGUGUAUUGGUUCUAUACUUUUCAUGUAUCUAGCUACACUGGCACCUAACAUUACAUUUGGAGCUUUUCUGGGUCAGGAAACAGACCAGCACAUGGGAACAAUGGAAUGUCUUUUAGCCGUUGCAUUUGUUAAUCUGGCGUUUGCAUUGUUUGGUGGACAGCCACUUAUCAUAAUGGGUAGUACUGGUCCUGUUUUAGUACUUGAGAUAAUAAUCUAUAACAUGUGUAGGGACAACACAUGGGAUUUUAUGUCAUUUAGAUGUAUGAUAGGUCUGUGGUUAGCCCUAUUUUUACUGAUCAUUAUUGCGUUUGACUUGAGUGCAUUAGUUCGUUAUAUAACGAGAUUUACCGAAGAAAGUUUUGCUUGCUUAAUAGCUAUUAUUUUCAUAGUCGAAUCAAUUAAAAAGAUAGUAUCAAUAGCUGACACACAUAUAUAUAAUACACAUCCAGACAUACCAUUAGACUAUUCAUGCACCUGUGUUCCUAAUAAUCAGACUGAGAAUAUCACUACUAUGCUAACUUCUUAUUUGAAUUUAAAUUCAACGAUGAAUUCAACUAUCAACUGGAAUAGUAUAAAGAAGGAGGAUUGUGUUGAUCUAGGAGGCGUCUUGGAAGGUUCCGGUUGUGAAACACCAAUUUAUCAUGACAAUGUGUUUUUCUUAUCUAUCAUACUUGGUAUUGGAACUUUUGCAAUUGCGUGGUGGUUGGUUAUGAUGAAGAAAAGUCGAUUCUUCCCGACAAUAGUUCGACAGACCAUAGGAGACUUUGCAGUCUUCAUCGCCAUUUGUUUAAUGGUAUUAUUUGAUGCAAGAUUAGGAGUACCAACUCCGAAGCUAAUAGUUCCAGAUAAAAUUCAGCCUUCAGACCCUACAAGGCCAUGGUUUAUCAGUCCGUUCAGCUCUGGUAAUCCCUGGUGGACAAUGAUACUUGCAUCUCUACCAGCGGUUGUAGCUGUAAUUCUGAUUUUUAUGGAUCAACAAAUUACAGCUGUUAUCAUAAACAGAAAGGAAAAUCAGUUAAAGAAAGGUUGUGGCUACCAUUUAGAUUUGACAGUAGCAACGAUCUGUAUUGUGGUGUGUUCUUUUUUCGGUCUUCCUUGGUAUGUUGCUGCCACAGUUCGAUCAAUGUCACAUGUUAACAGUCUCAAAAUGGAAUCUAAAUGUACUGCCCCCGGUGAGAAACCAGUCUUCCUUGGAUGCAGGGAACAGCGUCUUACUCCUCUGAUUAUUGCAAUCUUGAACGGAUGCUCUGUAUUUAUGACUAAAAUGUUACAGCUUGUGCCCAUGCCUGUUUUAUAUGGUGUAUUUUUGUACAUGGGAGUAUCAGCUUUCCGAGGAAUGCAGUUUAAAGACCGUUUCUUGAUAAUGUUUAUGCCAGCCAAAUACCAACCAGACAGAAUGUAUCUUCGCCAUGUGAGGAUCAAUCGAAUUCACCUGUUCACAUUUUUCCAAAUUUUAUGUUUGGGAAUACUAUGGGCCAUUAAAGCUAUAAAAACGAUUUCUAUCGUUUUCCCUGUUAUGGUACUUGGUACAUGUUUUGUAAGAAAGGGAAUGGAAAGAAUCUUUACAAUGAAUGAAUUAAAAUGGCUCGACGACCAGAAUUUAGAGGACAAGAUGAUGAAACAGGAAGAUGCUGGUGAAUUGAUUGUUGAAGAUGAUGAUAAAGAUGACGAUGUUGUUGAUGAAGGUCCAAUAGAAUUUUUAAAGCAGAGCAAAUGCAGAAAAAUUAACUCAACCGGUAAUAUUUCAUGGUAUCUUAAACAUGACACAAAAUCAACUGGUCUAUCUAAGGAGGAUAUUUUAAAAGAUUGUCCAGUAGAAUUUUUAAGGAACUAUAGAAGGCAAUCAACUGGAAAUUUGUACUGGCAUCUCAACGAUAAUACAACAACACACAGAAUAAAUAGAAAAAUAGAUUUCAAAAUAGACGAGGACAGUAUAAUAUAAUACAAGAGUGAUAAGGAUGCUUGUUUUUGAUGUGACGGUUGUAGACGCCUAAAUCAUGUACCAGGAGAUUGCGUAUAAUUCUUCAUUGUAAUUUCCAUUGUGUUGCUGUCAAAGGAAUUUUUUUUUUUAAAUCGCAUUAAAUAAAGAAUAUUUUAUAACCAUGUAAAUACAAUGUAUCAUGCAAUAUGUUUUAACAUAUAUUUAGAUGGAAAGGAUACGUAUGGGGUGUCAAAAGACCAUAUGCUUAGAUCUUUUCAUUAAACGAUGAUUACACAUAAAUUCAAAAUCAUAAAAUUUGCAGAAAUUCUAAUUCAAUAUGCCUUCAAGAACUUUACGUUAAACAGUUAAUCGUUAUUACAAUUUCUGGUCUUUUUUUAAUAUUCAAGUAUGUCUCCAUUUAAAAAAGGAAAACCGAAAUUCAACAUUGAUUUUAAAAACAUAUUCUUGUUCUUGAAUUUCAUUGAAACAAAAUUGUUUGUUUAUAAUAAAGUCGGAAAUGAAAUGGUUGUCCAAAAAAAAUUAAUGCAUGCACUAUCCCCUUCACUCCCCCUCCCCUUCCAAGGACAAAUACUUGGUGUUCGAUGAAUACCGUUCUUCUGAUUUCGAUUACUUCUAAAGUAUUAAAGAAAUAGAAAAACACAGGUUACGGCAUCUUUACAAUAGGUAAAUUAAGGAUUCAAAGGUUCAGGUUACUUUAGCAAAACAUGACUACUGUAUUGUUAGCUUGUAUGUCUUCCCAUAUUGUUUUUUCCUGCACAUACCAUUAAAUUCCACAAGAUCCUGCUAUUAUGAAUUAAUAAAUGCCACUGUUUUUGGGUUCGUCCACUCAUUUCUGGAAGACUUCGGCAAGUGAAGGAUUUGUGUGAUUAUUGCUUUUGUCUAAAUGGGAUUUAAUAAGGCUACUAUUACAUUUUUGUGAUUAUUCCUAUUAACAUUCACGUUCUAAAUAUCUAGUUUUGUGUAAAUUAACCCACACAAGUCCUGCAUUAAAUAUCAACUGCAUUUAAGCAUAGUGUUGUAAGGGAAUAUUGUAGGUUAACAACUAAUAAAUUGGAUUCAUUCUGAUUACGUUUCAUGAUUCUUAUUACAGUUAAACUGAU